AUGAAUCCAAAACAAUACCCUUCAUCUUCAACUUUUGCACCAAUAGGUUCCAGAAGUGUUGCUUCUAACAGUAAUAGGACAAAUGCAAAGACAUCUUCAUCAUCAGAUGCGAACACAACAUCUGCCACAACAUUGUACAAAUUGGCCAUAGUGGGAUCCGAACAAAUAUCGAUAUUAGAAUUGAAUACAUUGGAUGGAAAAUUGAGUCCUUAUAAUUCGUUAAAUUUCCCAAACCGAACAAUUAAUGACACCAAAUGGAAUCACAAUAAUAAGGUACUCAUUUCGUGUAGUGAUGAUGGAAGUGUAAUUAUGGGAACACCUGAAGGUGAAAUAUUUGGAAAAUUAAAUAUUGAAGAACAAGUACAAUCAAUUUCUAUAGGAGAAUCAUCUCUCAAACUUUGUUCGGGAGGCAGCUCAUGUAUCGUAAAAAUUUGGGAUCUGAAAAAGAAGGAAGUCAUCAAUACAUUUAAGGGACAUAAGGAAAUUAUCACGUGUGUCACAUUCAGCGAGGGUGAUCAACAUGUUGCGAGUGGUGAUGCCAGUGGUACAAUUCUGAUUCAUAAUAUUGUAUCGAAUACUCUCUCAUGCACCCUUUCGAAUACACAACAAUCAAUCAAAUUUUUGGAAUAUUCACCUUUUUACAAAACCCUAUUGGCAAGUGCCAGUGAUGAUGGAAGUGUAACAAUAUGGGAUACCAUCUCUGGAAAGCCAUAUUGCUCAUUUCCUAAUCAACAUCAAGCUCCAUGUGUAGCAGUACAUUUUUCAAAGCAAAAUGUUGCUCUCCUUGCUUCAGCAGGAUUGGAUAAGAACAUUUACUUUUAUGAUAUUAAGGAAAAAAAGAUUGUGGAAAAUAUUCGAGUUUCUCAACCAAUAUCUUCAUUUUCAUACUUGGAUAAUGGAUCAAUAAUGGCUGUAGGAACAUCUAAUGGAAGUGUUUUCCUUUAUGAUUUGAAAAAAUCAACAACGAGUCCAAUUACUGAACUUACUGUCGAUAUGGGAUAUAUUAGAACACUAACCUUUCAAUCUAAAUCUAAGAAAUCCACUGCUAAACAGCAGACAGCUCAAUCUGAAGUACAAAGACCACGAGAAUCCCCAACCAUUGAAUCCUAUUCAUCUCUCAAAAAGCCAUCAACCCCUCCUUCCAUUCCUCAAGAAAGACAAGUUAAACCACCUACACUUAACAUAGACAGAAAUCAUGGUAUGGAUGUUUUCUCUCCUGUUAAAACAGGUAAAAGUAUUGAGAUUGGAUCUACACAAUUUCCAACACUGGAGGACAUCAAAAAACAAGCUCAAAUGGAACACUUGAGUUCCAAAAUUAACACAAAACUCUCCCUGGAAAACCCUUUUAAACCAACCACUUUCAAAAGUCUUGAUCUGAAUAGCAGUCAGAUGUUAGAAAAUUCUACAAAUAAUCGAUUAUCCAUAUACAAAUCCCUAAAACCAACUCAGGAUGAUAGGUCUGUAUUUUCUCCCUCAGGACCAACCAAAAAGCCUAAAUUUAACUCUCCCACUGUCGAUGACACCAAUAAUGAGAAUAUUCUCCCACCCUCUAACUAUCAUCCCCAAACUCCUCCCUCACUCGAAAAUGUUGAUGAGUUAUCUUUUGAAGACAAUCAAAAACACAAUGAAAUGAUCGAUGACGAAUCCCUUCCAUCCUCAAUAAUAGCAACUAGUUCAUCACCACAUCUAUCUAGACAACAGCAACAACAGAAACAAACUCUCUCGACUGGGUCCCCAGUUGUGUCAAAUAGUAUUUCUGAGGAAAGAAUGAAAGAUGUGAUGAAGGAUGUACUUCAAGAAUCCAUUUUCAAUCUUCAGAGUUCAAUUCACCAAGAUCUCACCAACAUUCAUGUAGAUGUUUUACGUCAAUUCUGUAUUCAACAAGAGCAGACAUUCUCUCUAAUUGAACAACUUUCAAAACAAGUAGAAAAUUUAACCGAGGAAGUGAGAUCAUUAAGAGAAGAAAAUAAGCAACUCAAAAACCUAUUCUAAUUUCAAUAAGGUAUGAAAUUGAAAAUU